AUGGCCAAUCGUAAAAGAGGGAAGGUAAAGAAGAAUUCAGGAUCGAAGUCUUCCUCUAAAGCAAAGAAAAAGCAAAGAUACAAAUUAAGAUCAUGCAAAGAAAAUGUUGCUAAUCAAGAAUUGGUUUCGGAUGUGGGUUCGACCAAAAGCUGGCUCGAUGGUGAUGUUAUUGAAGAAUUUCCGAUUCAAGAAGUCACAGGAAAGAUCAAAGACCAUCGUAAAUUUGAUUUGAAUCAAUGGUUGCAGGUAGUCUCUUUCCCUGUGAAUAAUUCUUCACCUGUGCCUAACUCUGUUUUGGGUUCUGGAAUUAGUUCUUCCAAUCCUUCCCCUCUGUUAAUGAUUGUGGAUGAUAUGCAUGAUGUUGAUGUUAACAAUAACGGUGGGAUUACUUCUGCUCCAUUCCUGAAUUUUGAGGGUAUUUCUAGCCCUAAACCUUUUUCCCCCAAUUGUUCUUCCCCUGUUUUGCAUAGUACCCCUGUUUUACAUACUGAAAAUUCUUGGGGUGGUUUGUUUAAGAAUGUGAUUGAUGAGGGUUUAAAUCUUAAAGAACCAGUGUCUAAUUGCAGUACGAAUAAUCAGAUUGGUAAUAAUGGGUCUAAUCUUCUUCAAUUGUCUAAAGAAGAUGUGCAACAUGAAAUUGAUUUCUGGGAUUCUGCAAUUGUUUGUUAUGUGUUAUGCACCCAUCCCCCGUAUUCUGUGAUGAAUGGCUUCCUUAGAAGGAUACGGGGAAAGUUUGGAAUUGAUAGGGUGGCUUCUUGUGAUAAUGGAGUUUUCUUAGUUAGAUUUCGAACUCGAGAUGCUAGAGAACAAGCUCUGGCUGCUGGUCCCAUUAUGUUCGAUAGGAAACCUGUGAUCACUAAGAGAUGGAGUUCUGAUCUGAAAAUUCAUGAGGAAAAAGUGUCAGAUGUUCCUAUUUGGGUUUGUCUACCUAAUUUGGAUCUGAAAUUUUGGGGUAGAGAGGCUCUGAUGAAGAUUGCUGGUUUGAUUGGAAACCUAGUUAAAACUGAUAAAGAUAUUGCUCAGAAGGAGAGAAUUGCUUAUGCCCGUAUUAUGAUUGAAAUUGAAAUUAAUGGAAAACUCCCUGAUUUCAUUGAAUUUCUUGAUGAGGAGGGCAAUCGAAUUAAACAAGUUGUUCAGUAUGAAUGGAAACCAGUAGAAUGUCUUGGAUGUAAAGGAAUGGGGCAUGUUGAGAAUGACUGUCCUAAUCAGUUUCUCAAAGUUAAUAGACAUAAACCAAAACAGCAGAGUUUUAGAGAGAAGCAGAAGAUCUGGAGGCCUGUUCAUAAGCCAAUGCAGACAACCCAUGGUCCUAAUGGGGAAGCUAUGCCUGGAAUAGGAAAACAGUCUGUGCAAAAACCUGUACAAAAGACUAUGCAAGAUAUGAAGGGGAAUACUGUAAAAAAGAAAGUUGAGAUUGCUGUUAAUGUGAAAAAUAGGUUUGAGGGGCUGCAGGACAUUGAUCAGGAAGGAACUACUGUCUUGGAUAAACAAGGACAACAGCCUACAGGUUCUGUGCAGGUGAAUUUGGUGGAGAAGAAGAGGGCUCUGAAUGGUUUGUUUGGCCUCGUUGAAACUAAAGUGAAGGCUAAGAAGUUUGGGAAGGUUUUUGAGAGUUUUAGGAAUCAAUGGUCUGUUAUAACUAAUUACAGUAAGAUUGAUAAAGGCAGGAUAUGGAUCAUUUGGCAGCCUACUUUGUUCUUGGUUCAGGGUGUGAGAAUUGAAUCUCAAUGUAUUCACACUCAUAUUACUCAUAAAGCUACUGUGGAGAAGUUUAGAGACUGUUUAAGACACUGUGGGCUGAUUGAUUUUAAAACUGGAGGCUCUUUCUUUACUUAUACUAAUAAACAGCAGGGUAGUGAUAGAGUAUGCACUAAAAUUGAUAGAGUGUUGGUGAAUGAGAAGUGGUAUGAAGCUUUCAACAACACAACUGCUGUUUUCCUUCCUGAGGGCCUUAUGGAUCAUUGUCUUUGCAUCAUUUCCAUGUUUGGGGAAACUGAGAAUGUCAGGAAGCCUUUUAGAUUCUUUAAUAUGUGGACUGGUUUUCUAGGAUACAAUGACAUUGUUAAACAGGCCUGGACUACUGAGAUUAGGGGUACAGAGAUGUUCAUUUUAGUAAAGAGGCUACAGGCUGUAAAAGCUAAACUCAAACAGCUAAACCUUGAUCAGUUUUCAGUCAUUGAAAUAGCUGAUACAUUGGCUGCUAAAGAUCUUCAGAGUUGUCAAGAAAAGCUGUGUUUGGAUCCUGGUAAUGAAAAACUCAUUCAAGAUGAAUAUGAGGCUAGAGAAAAAUAUGAUACUGCCCACAAAUCUAAGUUCCAAUUCCUGAGGCAAAAAGCAAAACUUCAUUGGCUUAAGGAGGGUGAUGUGAACCCUGCUUACUUCCAUGCCUGUUUGAGAAGCAGAAGAGCGCAUAAUAGAGUUACUAACAUCAAUGUGGAUGGAGUCACUACUCAGGAUCCCUCUCUAAUUGCAAAUGCAUUCAUUGAGUACUAUAAAGGCCUGAGAUUUGGAGUUGAUGAUGUUAAAAAGGCUUUGUGGAGUAUAGAUAAAGACAAAGCGCCUGGACCUGAUGACUUUUCAAGUAACUUCUUCAAGACUUCCUGGGAAGUGGUGAAGGAGGAUCUGUGUAAAGUUGUGUUGGGGUUCUUUGAUCAUGGUAAUUUGCUGAAACAGGUGUGCACUACUACUCUCACUUUGAUUCCAAAAGUUGAAAAUGCAACUUUAGUUACUCAAUUUAGACCUAUUGCUUGCUGUAAUAUGAUUUACAAAAUCAUCUCUAAAAUGAUCUGCUCUAGACUAAAGGAAGUUCUUCCUGCUAUUAUUGAUGAGUGUCAAGGUGCUUUUGUAGCUGGUAGGUCAAUUAUGGACAAUAUUUUAAUCUGUCAACAUGUCUUGAAAGAUUAUAAUAAUAAAAGGAAAUCUCCAAGAUGCACUGUUAAGGUGGAUGUGAAGAAAGCUUAUGAUUCAGUUCAUUGGGAUUUUAUUAAAGGCAUGCUGGUAGCUCUUGGUUUUCCUGAUCAGUUUGUUCAGUGGGUGAUGGUGUGUGUGUCCUCUCCUACUUAUUCUUUGAUGCUGAAUGGUGGUCUUCAUGGUUUCUUUCAAGGCAAGAGAGGUGUUAGGCAAGGGGAUCCCAUGUCACCUCUUUUGUUUGUGAUAGUCAUGGAAUAUCUCACAAGGCUACUCAGGAAGGUGGGAAAACUGAGACAAUUUAAGUUUCAUUAUAGGCUAACUCAGAAAAAAACAGCAAUCCAUUUUGGUAAUGUAGAUGACAGUACAAAGGCUAGCAUUCUGAAUUUCACUGGUUUUGUGGAAGGAUCAACCCCCUUUAAGUAUCUUGGGAUUCCUUUAAACUCAAAGUACUUAAAGGUGGCUGAUUUUGAUGUGCUUAUUGACAAAAUGCUACAUAGAUUGUGUGUCUUGCUGCCAAAAACUGUUAUUCAAAGAAUUAACCAGCUCUGCAGAGCUUUUUUAUGGUGUGGGUCUGCUAUUUUGUCUAAAGCUCCUCCUAUUGCUUGGACUAAUGUUUGUAUGGAAAAGAAAUUUGGUGGUCUGGGAAUUAGGGACUGUGAAAGCUGGAAUAAGGCAGCCCUAGGUAAAUACAUUUGGCAGAUUGCUAAGAAAAAAGACUCUCUUUGGGUUAAAUGGGUGCACAAUGUCUAUAUUAAGGAUCAAGACAGGUGGAAUUAUAAACCAAAGAAAGCUGAUGGCUGGGCUUGGAAAAAGAUUUGUAACGUUAAAGAGGAGCUCUCACAGGGUUUCAGAGAUGAGAACUGGACAGACAACAAGUAUUCCAUUGCUGCAGUUUAUAAAUGGAUGCAGAACAAUGCUGAAAAGGUGGAUUGGACGGAUUGGAUCUGGAACAGAUAUAACAUCCCCAAAACUUCUUUUAUAGUUUGGCUAGCUAUGCUUAACAAACUCAAAACCAGAGAUACUUUGAUGAAACUGGGAAUAAGUAACACUGAUAGAUGCCUUCUCUGUGAUGCUGCAGUGGAGAGUCAUAAACACCUGUUUUUUUAUUGUCAGUAUAGUAGAAGAUGCUUGCUGUUAAUAGGGAAAUGGCUUGGAGUCAGAGAAAUCCAUUUUGAUAUUCAGAAAACAUGGAAGCACUGGAAGAGAUGUUUCAAGGAUCCAAUUUUCAGAAAGAUCAGUUUUGCUAGUCUUGCAGAUUUAGUGUAUCAGCUUUGGUCUGUUAGAAAUAAUGCUUUCUGGAAUCACGCUAUUCAGAUUCCUGAGAUCUUAUGCCACAAGGUUUGCUCAGAAGUUGUAGAUCGUUGCCACCAACUGAUCAACCAGAAUUGGAAAAGAAAGCAUUGUCAAUGGUUGAGGAAAUUAAGGGAUAAUAUGCCUUCAUGA